ACCGACAUCGUGGCCUUACUGUUUCGUCGUUUUUCCUUUCCUAUUUCAUUGCUUUUGAGUGCUCGUCGUCCUUCUCGAUCCUCUCGUGGAUGAUGCUCCGCGCGCUGACUCUCUCUUCUUUCUUCACCAAUCCGCUGCCUUCUUCCUUCACACUGCUACACCACAUUCUGAAGUAUGGACCUUCCUUAUCCAGAUUUUACAUCUUUCAAAUGCUGUAUCCAGUCCUUUCUUUGAACAAGAUUACAUAUACUUUAUUUAUGUAUAAUGGACGAAACAGAAUUGUUUCAUACUUUUCUUCAAAUACAUCAACCUCAAUUAGAAUCUUCUGGGGUACCAAGAAUAUUCUGGCAAACUUUAUUUAAAAAACUUCAGUGUCAAACGUUUGAUUCUGGUUUGAUGUUUCAAUUGAUGAAAAUUGAUUAUGACAAUGAUAAGAAAGAUUUAAGAGAUCCUGUUUGGAAGCUCUUUGUUUCAUGUGAAAAAGGUAUUUCUGCUGAGGACUCAAAUAAUAUUUUUUUGAUAGAUCAUGCAUGGACAUAUGAUGUCAACAAUGCCAAGCAAAAUUUAUCAACUAUACCAGAUUUGUUAGAUCGUAUGUGUUCCUUAAUGGGUUUUGGUACUGAUGCAAAUAAAGAUGAAAAAAUAGAUUUUGUAUUAAACGAACUGUGGAGAUACAAUCAAUCUUUUUCUUUAAGUACUGGAUCAAUAGAAGAUAAAAUGCCAAUUUGGUAUAUUAUGGAUGAAGUUGGAUCAGCAAUAAAUCAUAGUGAUGAGCCCAACUUUAGAACAGUGCCAUUUUUAUAUUUACCAGAUGGUGUUACUUAUACUCUUUUGUUUCCUAUAGAAAAUGUUGAUUACGACAAAGAAGUCACGAGAGACUUUGUAGAAGGCCAAACAAUUAACAAAAGAAAUCGGAAAGCUUUAUUGUUACCUUGGAUAGAAACAUCAUUUAUCAAAGAAGAUUUUUUACAAGUAGAACCAGACGAACAUUAUUUUUUAGCAGGUCAUAUUCGUGAAAGUUUACCAGAAAUAAUAGACAUUAAAUGUCGAAAGCAUAAUGGUAUGAAAUUGAAAGUUUUUUCACAGUAUGCAUAUGUAAAUGAAUAUCUAGACGACCCUGGAUUUGAAAUUGUUACUAAUGAACAUCAGGCGGAUAUUUUGUGGUACACUUCACAUUUUAAGGAAUAUAAGGAACUGAGCGUUCGAUCGCCCCAUGUUUUUGUGAAUCAAUUUCCAUUUGAAAAUGUUCUGACUAUUAAAGAUUUAUUGUCGAUUGUAUGUAGACGAAAGGCGGGCGAAAAAUACUUCGCUCCUGAUACACUUGAAACUUAUCCAACGUGGCUACCAACUACUUUCAAUUUAAGUACAGAAUUAGUGCAAUUUGUUGCAUACUUUGAACAAAGACAAUCAAUGGGUUUAGAUAAUCAUUGGAUUUGUAAACCUUGGAAUCUUGCUAGAGGAUUAGACACACACAUUACAAAAAAUUUGUUCUAUAUUUUACGAUUGCCCAGCACAGGACCGAAGAUUGCACAAAAAUAUAUCACGAAUCCAGUUUUAUACAAAAGGCCGGAAAUUGGAAAAGUUAAGUUCGAUGUACGAUAUGUAGUAAUGCUUAAGCAUGUGAAACCUCUAAAAGUGUUUGCCUAUAAAAACUUUUUCUUGAGAUUUGCGAAUAAGGAAUUCGCUUUAAAUAAUUUCGACGUGUACGAACAACAUUUUACGGUUAUGAAUUAUUCAGAGGAUACGCCACUUUGUCACGUAAAGUGUGCGAACUUUAUUUUAGACUGGGAGAAGCAAUACCCCGACUUUUCAUGGAAAGAAUAUGUCGAGCCAAAAAUCUUUCACAUAUUCAAGGAGGUUUUCGAGGCUGCAAUCCAGGAAAAACCACCGAAAGGAAUUGCGGAAAGUCCACAAAGCAGGGCUGUAUACGCGAUCGAUUUGAUCCUCGAAUGGAAAGAGAAAACGAUACAGCCCGUCUUAUUGGAAAUUAAUUUCGCGCCUGAUUGUAAACGAGCUUGCGAAUAUUAUCCAAAUUUCUACAACGACAUAUUCAAAUGCUUGUUUUUGGACAUUGAUAAUCCCAAAGUAUUUCACGAUGUGUCCAAAGAACAGAAUUAAAUUUCCUCUAUAAUCGAUGUACGGUGGCCUAAGUGUAUGUUCGAACUAUAAAUAUGGAGAAACUAUUAACGGUCGUUUCGUGAUGAGCAUUGUGACCAAAUACAAUUAUUUAUUCAAAGCAGGCGAAUCUUGCAUUUCGUAUGCAGUAAUGAGCUGAAGUAGCUGACAGUAAAUCUGCAUACACGAACGUUAAGGGUAUAUUUGACGCAUAAAUAAUUUGUAUCUACCAUAACUUGACGCCACAACGGGAAGACUACUGUAGUACCUAAUGGAAUAAUAAACGAGAGGGCAAUUGGAACAGUUACACGACAGCUCACUUUGGUCAUCACGUACUCACGAGCGUAUAAUCAAUGCAGAAAGAAACGCAUAACGAUAAUGCCAAACUUUUUUUUUCAAACGAUAUCAUUCUUCCCCGGGAGAGCACGAUGAAUACGUAAUAAAAAUUGACAUAUCGAAAC